GAUGGUGACUGCCAAGGCAUGGGUUCUGAAGAAGCAUUUUGAGGGUUUCCCCAAAACCAGUGACUUCGACCUGAAAAAGAUAGAGCUACCAAACCUAAAGGAUGGAGAGUUGCUGCUUGAAUCAGUGUUUCUCAGUGUUGAUCCUUACAUGAGACCUUACAGUCAAAGGGAUAUGAAGGAAGGAGACAUAAUGAUAGGCACACAGGUUGCCAGGAUUAUAGAAAGCAAGAAUCCUGCUUUCACAGUGGGGGCCUUUGUCGUGGCUAGAAGUGGCUGGAGAACUCAUGCAAUCUCUGACGGGAAAGACCUACAACGCCUUCCUUCCAGUUGGCCAGAAUCACUCCCCAAAUCUCUGGCUCUUGGGACGGUUGGCAUGCCAGGCCUCACUGCGUAUUUUGGUCUGCUGGAGGUCUGCAAGGUGAAGCCAGGAGAGACGGUGCUGGUUAAUGCUGCAGCUGGCGCUGUGGGCUCUGUGGUGGGGCAGCUCGCUAAAAUUGGGGGUUGCAAAGUGGUUGGCUCUGCUGGCUCAGAUGACAAGGUUGCCUAUCUGAAAAAAAUAGGCUUUGAUGAAGCCUUUAAUUACAAGACUGUUACAUCUUUGGAUGAAGCACUGCGUAAGGCCUCUCCUGAUGGCUACGACUGUUUCUUUGACAAUGUGGGUGGAGAAUUUGCCAGUAUUGCUAUCAACCAGAUGAAGAAAUAUGGAAGGAUUGCAGUUUGCGGAGCCAUCUCUCAGUACAAUGACUCCAUGCCUCAGAAAGGGCCUUACGUGCAGGUUCCAAUGAUCUUCAAAGAGCUUCAAAUGGAAGGGUUCAUAGUGACCCGCUGGAAUAACCGCUGGGAGGAGGGUCUGAAGGCACUGCUAAAGUGGGUCGUGGAGGGAAAAGUGAAGUACCAUGAACAAGUCACUGAAGGAUUUGAGAACAUGCCAACGGCUUUCAUUGGAAUGUUAAAGGGAGAAAAUCUUGGAAAAGCCAUUGUAAAAGUCUGAAGGUCACAUAUUCCCGGGAGACUGG